GCACUUUAUUGCAUAGCAUACAGCCCUUCCACAUGGAUUUCCUCCUCUUCCUUCCCUAACUGCUCAGCUUGAUUCGAAUCGAUAAUGACAUCUCUGCUAAGGUUCCCUAACGAGCUGAUGCUAAGCAUAUUCAAGAAUUUGACGACCAUCGCAGGGCUGUUAGCGCUAUCUGCAACUAGUCAUGAUAUGCGAUCCCUCUUCAUCAACAAUGCCUCCACUACAGUACCAGCAGUCUGCGAGCAUGACAAAUUGCUGUCCGCAGCCAAAGCUCUAGUUGAUACCAUCUCUAAGAUUGCCAGCCCCCCCAACCCAUAUUUGUGACUGCGCAGCAAAAGAUGAAGACCAUCACUUCCACAAGGAAGUAGCCGUUUAUCGAUACCUCAAAUAUGCUUCAGCUCCAUGUC